AUGUCGUCGUCCGGUGCUGCUCCCGCCGCCUCCGCAUCCGAAGACUGCCCCUUCGGCCCCGUAUCCCGGCACAUCACAACCCACGACGCCAACGGCCGCGCCGUCUUCUCCGACGCGUUCCCCGUACAAGUCACGCCGGACCCGCUGAAGAACAUGUACUUCCACACCUGCUACACAACUUCCGAGUCACCCGUCACAAUGGACGACGAAAAAGACCUGGCAGCCUACGCGCCCAACCACCCGCGCAUGCCGUCCCUGCACCUCCCUUCGGGCUCCGUCCUGCGGGUGGUAGACUUUGGUCCGCAGACAGGGCCGAUGAUGCACCGCACCGAGUCGUGCGACUACGGCAUCGUGCUCAAGGGCGAGGUGGAGUGUUACCUGGACGACGGGGCGAAGCGGACGCUGAAGGAAGGGGAGAUCAUGAUUCAGAGGGGCACGAUGCACGGGUGGAAGAAUGCGACGGAUCAGUGGGCGCGGGUGAUUUUCUGUCUGCAGCCUGCGGAGCCGGUGAGAGUUGCGGGCAAGGUGAUGGAGGACGAUAUCCCGUUUAUGAAGGUUUCACCCGAGAGGCAGGCGGAUUAUGAAAAGUUUAUGGCGGAGCAGGCUGCGAAGAAGAAGACUGAGGAGAAGAUUUGA